UGAGGACGCAUCCUGUCAGGAGAGGAAUGCUCAUACAAUGAAGGCUCUGUGUCUAGCAGCUCUGCCUCGGUCUACCAAACGGACAAAUGAUUGUCAAUGGACUAUUGAGACGGCUCUCAAUCGGUUACUAUAACGUCUCCACGCGUUUCCACCUCCUCCUUUUUUUUUUUGUUAACCUCCCCUCAACCGCUUCGCGAUCAGAUUCUUGUCUGGAUGGAGAUGGCCAAACAAAGAGAGAAAGGGUUCAUUUCCAAACAACAAUGCCGUGAGUCUUGAAGUUUGGUGGAUUUUUUUUUUUUUUUUUGUAUGCUUCAUUCUCUGGCUCUGGCGGGGGGGACGGACGAACCGCUCGCUGCCGAUGCUCGUACUCUUUGCGUUCUGUUGGGACGACUCUGCGACGCGCACGGGUUUUUUUUUUUUUCCUCCGGGGGAAGAGAGUGUAGCAGGGAUGGUGGAAGUGAAGUUGUGCGUGCCGUGGUUUUGAAUCGUCUUGAGGGGAUCCGUGCUGAAUGCAGCCCGUCUCUCUGAGCAGAGGUCGCGUCGUUAAGGAAGACGGCGCUCAUUCCGGUGGUGACCCCCGCGACUCCCCUGCGCGCUUGGAAGUCAUUUACCCAGAGAGAUAACAGGAUUGUGUAACUUUGGGACUCAUUGGCGCACAUGAGGACAAUAGUUUGGAUACCGUCUCGCUGUUAUCGUGUGGGAAUUCACCGGUUUGUAACUAAUAUCCAAAUAAAUAGGCCGGUGUUUCCGAUCUGCUCAUGGAACUAUAGUUUGGUCCUUAUAUUGUUUUCUUGCUCUGGGCUGAGAGGACCUCAGCUUUUCUGAACUUGCGAGGGACCAGCGGGCAUGGGAGAGGCGACUCCCGCUCAGUCUGCCGCCGCCGCCGCCGCCGCAGGAACCUUCGUGCCCAUGCUGGGCGUCGGGUUAGGAGCCAUGCCCGGCGGGGUGGUCGGCACCGGGCCGCUGGGGGCCAACACCCGAGGAGGCUCCGCGGGGCCCCAGCUGCACAACGCCAUCGUGGAGCGUCUGCGCGCCCGCAUAGAGUUGUGCAGGAGGCACCACUCCACCUGCGAGACCCGCUACCAGAGGGGCCAGGCCGAGAGCUCCGACCGGGAGCACGAGAACACGCUGCACCUGCUCAACAUCGUCCAGCAGGGUCCCGGGAACCGGAAGACCAAAGGGGGCCGGGGAUCGAACCAGCAACCUCCGGAGUACAGCAGGGCCAAUGGCGAGCAGAAAUGUCCAGAGGGCGAGCAGAAGAUUUCCACCCGCAUAGCGCUUCAAGGAUCUCUGCGGAGGAAGAUGGAAGGAAACGCACCUGGACACGCACCGAAGCAGAACGGCCUGUCUUGCGGAUUCUCUGGGUCCGACUUUAAGCGUGCCCGUCUGGACGCAGGUGGCCUGGGUCACGGCUCCUGCAACCACAACUUAACCCACCCUCUGCAGGGGUCUUCAACCAUCGGCAUGCAAAGGAAGAACUACAUGAUGCCCCAUGGAAUAGGAUCAGACAUUUUCAACAUGACUCUGAAAGAGAUGAAAAAAGAGCCCCAAGAGAUUCAGUCUUGUGGGCAGUCCAACUCAGAGAUGAUUUUUGACUUCAAAGAGCAAGGUAGUGGGCAGAUUGACCCAGAACUCCAGGAUCUCAUAGAUGAACUGACAAAGUCAGUGCCUCCGCUGAACGAUCUUGAGUUUGAGAAGAUGCUAAAGCAGGACGAUACCUUUGGUUUGGAUCUAGGCCGGCCGAAUUCAGCAGGAGCGGCGGCCACUCUGUGUUCCCCCGUGGAAAAGAUGAUCAAGACGGAGCACUCGCAGGAUUUUGGACAGUGUCACAAUGGUUCGCCGCAGCUUCGACCAGCCUCAGCAGGUCCCUCUUUCACACUGAGCAGCACGUCUUCUACCAGCACAUCGCAGAAAGCUAAUGCCCAGACAGGACACACAAGAACCAUGCCCUGCUGGCCAGAAAUAUCCCACGCACAGCAGCUCAAGCAGAUGGCAGCAAACCAGCUACAACCAGGCUCUCUUCUCCAUCACCAACACCAGAGCCAGCAUGUAGGGAUGACUAGCUGGACUUCAUCCAUGGGCGCUCAACCCACCACCAACAGUUUUUCCAAAACAAAAGUCUCUAACCAGGCCACGCUUAGUCAGCAGAAGAUUGGCUCGCAUAAUAAAGGGAUCAGCAACUGCCUCUUUAAGUCAAACGGCCAUACUGCCUCGCAUCAGUUGGACAUGAAGGGUCUCAGUUCUAAGCCCACGUUGCACUUCAGUCCCAAAUCGCCUCAUCCCUCCAGCCAGUCCGUGUCUAUCAUGACAAACUCAAUGAGCAAGACGGAGCAACAUCAACAGUCACCGCCACCGAGCCAGAAUCCGCCACAUUCAGCCCUCCAUUUCCAGAACCAACAGAUCUCAACAUCGGGAGCUGUCUGUUUACAACCCAAGUCAGGUCCUGCGGGUUUACCGUUCAGAAUGUCUCAACAGCAACAGGCUGUGCCUGCUGGACCGAGGCUGCCCACCAGUGGAAGCUUAGGAGUCCUACCGGCCCAAUCCCAACCACCGCCGUCUGCGCCUAGCAGCCAGCAGAAGGGCCCGGUCAGAGGUCAGCUGAUGCAAAGACAGGUUAACCAGCAGCAGCCUCCCAUCAGCAACACAGACAAAGAUAAUACACGGGAUCAGUUCAGCCGACAUCUCACAAGACCGCCCCCUGACUACAAGCAGUCGAGAAGCUUGGUGGGGAUUCAGCAAGGGAACAUCUUUUCAGGUCAAAACCAGGUGCAGUCUCCCAGCAAUGGUCCUGAAAAUAACCUACAGCCCAUAUCUUGCCAGCUCUCAAGCGGACCUUCUUCAAAGAUGAGCCCCCUACCCUCGGAUCGCAGGUUCGGCAUAAGGCCCGAGUGCCAUCCGAAUUCUUGCAUUGGCCAGUUCCAGCAGCAAAACAGUCAUAAUCGUAUGGGACUGAAUCCAAGUAAGCCUAGGUCCCUGGGACCAAACGCACAGUGGAAAUCCUUUGGGAUGAACAAUUUAGCAGGCGUGCAACACCAGAGGGCAACAGCUGACUUACAUUCCUCCGGGGUGCCGGUACAGAGUCGAGGAGGCUCGAUGACAAAUGUCAGCCUGGGCUGGGGGUCAGCCAACAAGCAAGUGCCAACUGGACCCGCCGUCCGCCGCCUGCCCAACCCGCUGCAGUCGCAGGGCGCACAAGACCUGCCGAACCACCCAUACCAGCAGAGGAACGUCGGCCCGCCCAACCAGGUGGCACCAGACGUCGGGAUGCUCCCCAUGAACCCGUUAAUAGGAGAAGCAGGCCAAGCCAGGCCGAGUCAGGCCAUGAUGAGCUGUCCGUCCCCGCUGGGAAACCUGAGCCAGGCUUCUCCUGAACAAAGGGUACCAGCAGCUGGUUUUCCAGAUGCCAGUCCCAGCUCAAGCAGCUACCAGAACAACAGAUCCAACCGUCUGACCUUCGAUUUCCUCCCCGAAGGGGACAACACAGUCCCAGGAAUCAAUGCCGACUCAGACUUUAUUGACUCUCUGCUGAAGUCGGGUUCUGGGAAUGACGACUGGAUGAAAGACAUAAACCUGGAUGAGAUUCUGGGAAGUCACUCAUAAAUGUAGAGUACAGGUUGCAGAAUGUGGACUUGCAGCUCCGAUUAUAGAGUAUAUAUCUGUAAUGUAGAAGGGAUACAAUUUGUAAGUAAUGUUCAAAAAAAUUUUAUAAAUCCAAAUUAAUUGUUAUUCAUGUAUACAGAUUUUUUUUUUUUUUUUGUAUUUACUGUGAAAAAAAAAUUAUGUUUUUGUUCUCGGUAUAUAUUUGUCUCCGGUAUAAAAACCCCAAGAAAUUUUUUGUGGACUGUAUUUCAUGCAUUAGUGCUGUUGUUAUAAAGUAAAAAAAUACACACUGUGAAAACAAAAUACUUGCUGUGUUACUUUUAAAGUCACUUUGUGUUUAAGUUUCUUAAUCCACAUUUCGCAUGUUAUAGUAUUUACCCUCUGAUAAUUUGCCACACACUGAAUUUUCCAAAACAAACCUUUCCUGUUACUGUUCGGACAUCUUCAUCUGUGGUAGUUUCAAAUGCUGUUUAAAAUAAUGUAACCCUUAUUUUUCUCAUGUGAUAUUUAAUACUCAGAAUAGCAAUUAGGCAGUAUAAUACAUGUAAUUAAUAAAAAAAAUAUUUGAAUAAAGUCUUAA